ACCCUCUUUACCCCCGCCUACCGCUUCUUAUUGUUUUUAACCCUCUGCGCUAUGUACAGCUACGAUCACAGCCCAUUGUGAAGGAAGCAUAGCCUGCUGAAAAAUACCGCUAAUAAACUGGCUACCUCAAAAAUGAAUCUGUUUUAUUUACCAUUUUGAGUAUUACGUGUAUACCGGAGAGAUAGUGAAGAUGGGCUGCUGCUCGGGGAGGAGUGUGUUGAUGUUCUUCUGCGCUCUUCAGCUGAUCACUGCUGUGGAGAGACAGUUGUUUGACUUUCUAGGUUACCAGUGGGCGCCCAUCCUUGUCAACUUCCUGCACGUCAUUGUGGUGAUAUUGGGCUUGUUUGGAACAGUCCAGUAUAAGCCCUGCUAUGUAGUUUUGUAUAUAGUUUGGACUGUGUUUUGGGUGACUUGGAAUGUCUUCAUCUGUUGCCUUUAUCUAGAUCUUGGAGGGCUUUCAAAGGACAGUGAUUAUAUGUCACUGGGACUUUCGUCUUAUCGUUCAUGGUGGAAGGACAACGGUCCAGGCUGUGAGAACAGAAACCUCCAAACCACUAGAUGGCAGCAUCUGGAAAGUCCUGCUCUGGUCUCAGAGCUGGGCUGUGUAUUAGAGUAUCAGUACAUCGAAGUUAUGCACAGCGUCCUGCAACUGUUCAUUUCUGCCCUGGGAUUUGUAUUUGCCUGCUAUGUUGUCAACAUCUUCAAUGAAGAGGAAGACACAUAUUUGUAUAAGUAACAGUGUCCAGAUCUCAUCAACAUCUCCAGAGAGAGAAAAGAAACAUUGAGAAGGGAAAUAGAUGGAAGAAAGGAACAUUAACCAUUCUCAGAAUGGACUGGAUUGGAUGGAAUCCCAAUUAUUUAUAUGUUUAAACAUGACACUACACAAAAUGUAAGAAAAUAAGAGUGAUGUGAAUGUGAACAUGAAAAUUCAAAGGUAUGUGUAUGUGUGUUUUAUUGUUAUUAUUUUGCCUAAUGACACAUUGAACUCAACCAAUGAACAAAUAGCAAGUCACAAGGCAUCUGUAUAACUAUUCAUCCAAAGCUAAAGGAUACAGCAGUGAACCUCACAUGCUUUUAUGAAUACAUAUUUAUUUUAAUGUCAGGAUAUGAUUCUUCUGCAAAACACUUUUACUUACCGUUCUAAUUUUACAGUUCAAAUGUUAUAUUUUGUAUAUUUUAAACAUUGUAAAGAUCUCAGUUUAAUGGUUUAAUAGUGGAGAUUAAAUGAAGAAGGAUGAAUUGCUUCACAUGCACUCAUGUCAUUACACACAAAAUGCUGUUAAAUGUUAAUGAUCAACAUCAGUCUAUUUUACUAUCAGUAACACAAGCCAUAUUUGUGUGAGUGUAUAUAGGAUAUAGUACCUGUAUAAAACCUGCAUGUGCUGGUCUGUGUCUUAAUGGCCCAGAGAAAACAGAAACGUUGUAACACAUAUGAAACAUCAAACCUCAUUUUGUAAAUGUAAAUAAUACAGCAUUUACUUAACACUGUAUUAUAAAUGCAUCAGUUUUAUAGGAAAAUUAGUCUCUGUGUCAAUGAGUUUUGAUAUGUAAUCGACGAAGUUCCCCAAUUGACUCACAUUACACUGACACCUAGUGGUAUUAGACAAGCGCAAGUUGAAUCUGUUGAUGGCAACGGUUCGUUGUAGCCUUCUACAAUACAUAGGCCUACCAAAUUUUAACUAUAAAAAGUAUCAGUCUGCCUGCUAAUGAUCUUGAUAAGUAAGCACACCCAGAUUAUUAUGUGCUAUGUGAUAUAAUAUUUUGUUUUCCUGUGGACAACAAAAGCCUUCAGAAUCCAAAUCCAACAUGUUCC